AUGUGCUCUAAGCGGAAUAGUAUACUUUCGCUCCUUGUGAUACUGCAUUUGGUGCUGGAAAGCACUUCCAAGUUGGAGUUCACCAAUGUCAAAUGCACGUCUCUGGAUGAGAAUUUUACCAAAUUCGAAUAUUGCUAUCUGAAGUCGAUUAAUCGCACGUACAAGUAUCUCUCUCUCAGGGCCAAUUUAUUGAAAACUCCCGUUACCAAAAUCAAGUUAAACUUUUCACUGUUAAAACGCUUCAGUGGCUACAGGCCAUUUUUAUAUAAUAUGACAGUGGACUCGUGCCGGUUCCUGGCGAAUACCAAAUCUUACCCCAUCCCCGCCUUUUUCUACGGUCUGUUUAGUAACUUCUCCAAUAUGAACCAUACCUGUCCCUACGAUCAUGAUCUGAUAAUCGAUAAACUUUCUAUCGCUUCUGUGAAUCAUCAACUCACAAAAGUUCUGCCGUUUCCGGAGGGUGACUAUCUCGUGGAAACAACCUGGCUUGCCUACGAUAUUAUCCGUGCAUCAAUAAAAUUCUAUGCCACUCUAUCCUGA